AUGCAGUCACUUAGCACAGUGGAUAACGAUUCCAGCCAUGCAUGCUAUAUAUGCUUGGCUGGAAAAGACGAGCUUGCACCAUUUUGUAACCGCAAAGAGUCCAAUGAUUGGGUUAAGCCUUGCAAAUGCUCGCUUGUGGCGCACCGAAAGUGUUUCUUAUCGUGGGUUUCCAGUCUUGAUCUACAAAAGAGAAGACAAGAAGAUGACGUCGGAUCUGGUGAUCCCAGCACCAGACCAGGUACCCUCAUGUUUAAUUACAAUAUACAGAGUCUUUUUUUCGGGUUGCCUCUUAUCAAGAAAUCAGAGAUUAUCACUGUCUUCAUUGACUGUCCUCAAUGCAAACGUCAAUUAUGUUUCCAGACCCCAAAUUCUCGUAUUCUGAAUAUAAGACAGACGAUCGACGCAGGUAUAUCCAACAUUAUGCGUGUGGGGAUCUCCUCUACCGUGAUAUCGUCGUCGGUCGCCUCCGUCAGCAUGGGAUUUUUAGUCGGUCUCAGUGCAACGGGUCUCCGAGUCAUGCAAAUGGUGACUCCGCAGAGUGUGCAGCUAUCCCUCUUUGAUGUCAAAAACACCACAACGCGAACUUUAGUCUCCGCAUUGGAUAAAGGGCUGAUUCCUAUACCUAAGUUUCUUAUUAUUACCGCUUCUAUACCACUAUACUUGGUGUACAUGAGAAUGAGCGUUUUGGGUACUGGCCCGGUGAACAUGAUUGGAAGAGUGUUUCCUUUGCUCCUUUAUCGGGACUAUCAGGACCUAAAGGAUAAUCCGGCAAAGAAGGUUCUACUUUUGACUUUACCUCUCCAAUAUCUUUAUAGGGCGAUCUACAGCUUGACCCUCAACAGGCUUUAUUACAGAUGGUGUAAGCAAGUUCAGCCCUGUUUUAUUGCCGACAGGUUGUCACUAAAAGAGCUGGAACGCAUAGAAGAAGAGAAUAGGGAAGAAUUUGCGUACUUAGAGGCAGAGAAGGACACAAAAUCUUCGAAACCAACAGGCUCUGGGUUGUCCGGGCUAUUACAAAAACUAUUCAGAGCGCUGACUUCUAAUUCCAUCAUCAGAAGGAUUCAUCUUUCCAGACUCAGACGGGAAUUAGUCAACUGUUUCAAGUUUGACUAUUCCAAGGUUUUCCAGGGGUCGCAAUUUUACUUCUUUUUAGCAUCCACACUAUCAUGGCCGUAUUUAGGCGAGAUGGUCAGUAGACAUUUGAUAUCCAGGAUACCUCACAUCAAUGACUUUUUGAACAAGCACAUCAACACACCAGAUGAGGCGGAGUUUCUGAGAAACUUGGUCGGAUGCGUCGCAGUUGUCGUGCUGAAAGACUUCGUCAACUUGUAUUUCAACUACAAAAAAUUCAAACAGUUGCGAGAUGUCGACGUUGUCAGUGGAUUGAACGAUGACUUCAUGCAAUACAUUAACGACAAAUACCAUCAAGGAGAAGAUGUUAACUAG